UGGCUGGGCUCCAGUCAGCGGCCCCACGCUCGCACACUCUUGAGAAUUUUUCUCUGAUUUUGUUCUUUUUUUGCGUGCUGAAUAAUUAUCUUAUUCUAAUAAAGAAUGCAUUGCGCUGCGUUGAUACGAAAAGUUCGGGUGACUAACUGAAAAUAAUGUUUUGUUUAGUUUUUGUUCCUCUCAUACGAGACUGGUUUUUAUCACAUUCAAAGGGAUAAGUAUGAGUUUGUCUUGCUCCAGUGAGAUUCAUGAUCUCGCGGCUUCGAUAAGUUCUACUAUGACGUGCCAACUCCAGUAAACUGUGGAGAAAAUGUUGAUCUUCGUAAGUUAAUACGCUGUGAUUUUUGUGAAAAUGUUUUGGACCCGCGAAUAUCAACCCGUUACCAUAACCUACCGCUACACAUUCUGAAAUUCAUAAGACAGUAUUUGUUUUGGAGUGCAUCGCUAUACAAUUUCGUGAUAUUUCGGAAUCCAUCCAUAUUCUCGUGUAAAGAGUGCACAUUUGUUGUGAUAGUUGAUCAUGCGUACACAUGCGUAGUACAGACAAGUCCCUGAUUGCCUGAAUCCUACUAUUUACUUCACCCAAAAUGAAACGCACAUCAUGGCCGAAUCUAAGGCAUUUUAUGUCGUUGAUGAUUCUGUUUUAUUUCACAUUAUUUCAAUGUUCUGACUGUUUCAAAGUCCUAUUUCUCUUUCCGUUGACCACAAAAAGUCAUUUUGGCGCCCUUAGCGUUUUGGCUGAAGAACUGGCACGAAGAGGUCACGAAGUCACUGUCUUGUCGCAUUUCCACAAGGAAAAAGCAAAUUACAAGGAAAUCAUAAUGGACAGCGACAGACACAGGAAUCUCUCCACAAUGAAAGAGUUUAACGCUACGAAAUUUCAAGAAGACAGCCCGCUCAUAACCCGAUUCUUCACGUACAUGUACUUCAAUUCGCAAGUUGAGCUAUGCAUAUCUUCACAAAAGAUCCUGGAACUGGUAAAAUCAAAUGAGCACUACGACGUCGUAGUCGGAGAAGUGGGUUUUUUCCAGCCGUUCAUUGUUGCUCUCGGCCACAAAUUUAGCGCCCCCGUCGUGGACAUCUUCCCUUCUUCUCCAUUCCCUCACGAUUUCAGCAACAUGGGGAGCCCUAUUUCAUUUCCAAGCAUUCCUGAUCCGCUUCUUCCUUUCAGUGAUGAAAUGAGUUUUAUGGAAAGGCUGGAAAACAUGGUGACUGGACUGUGGGACCUAGCACUGUUUCAUUGGUAUUUAUUGCCCUCUCAAGAGAAGCUAGUCAGAGAACAUUUCAAGUAUCCUGGAGCGGACAGUAUGCCACCACUAUCGAGCAUGGUCAAGAACAUAUCAUUGAUGCUGGUUAAUUCCCAUUUUUCUAUUGAAUAUUCGCGCCCUCUAGUAUCAAACGUGAUUGAGGUUGGCGGAAUGCAUAUAAAUCCUGCGCAAAAGCUGCCACAGGACUUACAAACUUUCAUGGAUGAAGCAGAGCACGGAGUGAUCUACGUUAGUUUUGGCUCUAUCGUUACGGGCACUAUGCUUGGAAAGUAUCGUGCUCAACAAAUUGCGAACGCCCUUAAAAGGCUGAAAUAUCGAGUCAUUAUCAAGUGGGACGAUCCUACGUUAUUCGAGGGUGACCAAAAUAUCGUAACUUUCACCUGGGCACCGCAGCAGGAAAUAUUAGCUCACCCGAAGCUGCUUCUGUUCGUCACUCACGGAGGUUUCAACAGUUUGAUUGAGGCCACUCACUUGGGAGUUCCUGUUCUUGGCAUCCCUGUGUUCGCGGAUCAGUUUCAUAACAUUCGCAUCAUCGAGUUACGCGGUAUCGGCAGAGGACUUGACCUUGCCUUCACCUCCGAUCAACUUUACGAUUCUAUUAUUCACAUCGUCCAGACGCCCUCUUACAGGGACAACGCGAAAGAGAUCUCUAGAAGAACGCGAGAUCGACCACUCAGUGCAUUGGACACAGCCAUCUUUUGGAUAGAAUAUGUAGUGCGCUACAAGGGCGCCAGUCAUUUGAAAUCGUCCUCUCGUCAUUUGCCAUUCUAUCAGUAUUUGCUACUGGAUGUUAUUUGUUUCGUUUUUUUGGUCAUUUUUGUAACAUAUAAGAUUAUCAGUGCAAUAUUUUGCAAACUAUGUCAUAAGAAAACGCGAAUUGAUAGGGAAAAACGAGAUUAACCUUUUGAAAUUUAAAUAAAUAAAAAUUGAUUCAAAACUCAUUUGACCACUAGGUGUCAAAGAGGGCACUUUUACGCUGCGGUAUCUUAGAAUAUCCUCUGAACUUUCAUCCGUUUCGAUCAAAUCGAAAGUAUGGAAUUAGUUGAACAUUUUACUGAAACUAAUAUAUUUUAUAUGCUUUGAGCAA